CGGCCAAACAAACAGCUCGAGCCCGGGAUCUCCAUGGAGAGAUACUCACUUCAGAAAGUCAUCGGGGAAGGGUCUUUCGGUCGAGCUUUUUUGGUCCAGUGUAAAAGCAGUCAAGAGGAGUAUGUGGUCAAAGAAAUCCAGCUGCCAAAGAAUCAGUCCAAAUUGGAGAGUUGUAGGAGAGAAGCCAUCCUGCUGUCCAGAAUGAAACAUCCUAACAUUGUGGCCUUCAGGGAGGCAUUUGAAGCUGAUGACCUCCUGUGUAUUGUGAUGGAGUACUGCAGUGGAGGAGACCUGCUCCAGAAGAUCCGGCUACAGAAAACUACGCUGUUCUGUGUUGAUGAUAUUUUGAGGUGGUUUGCCCAAAUGUGUGCUGCCACACACCAUAUCCAUGACAAACGGGUUUUGCACAGAGAUCUGAAGUCCAAGAACAUUUUCCUGACAGAUAAUGGGACAAUCAAGCUUGGAGACUUUGGCUCGGCGUGUAUUCUGAACAGCUCAAAGGCGUACGCUCAAACAUAUGUCGGGACGCCAUAUUAUGUGGCUCCAGAAAUCUGGGACAACAAGCCAUACAACAAUAAAAGUGAUGUGUGGUCUCUGGGCUGCGUUCUGUACGAGCUCUGCACCCUGCGACACCCGUUCCAGGCAUCCAGCUGGAAGAGCCUGAUUCUUAAGGUGUGUCGGGGUGUGUACCCUGCCCUUCCUAAUCACCUGCCCUACGAGCUGCAGUAUCUGGUCAAGCAGAUGUUUAAGACAAACCCAAAAGACAGGCCGUCCCUGCACAGCAUCCUGACUUCUCAUCGGGUUUCCAGGCUCCUGCGUAGACAUCUACCCUCCCAGGCGCUGGAGACGCAGGAACAGGGGAGGCGUAAGGGUCGAUGGAAUAGAGAAGAGGGAGAGAAGGUGGCUCAUCUUCUGGGAGAAAAGAGUUUAAUGAAAUCAUCAACAAAUGAAGGCAUGGAGUUACCUGAAGUUCACUGUGAGAGCAGAGAGCCGGUCCCUCGAAAGCAGUGGACUGCUGAGCCAUCAGACACUGUACUGCAGGUGCUGGCCGAUGCCAGCCUCAUCUCAUCAAACAGCAUGGCAUCAACCAACCAGACCCUCAUCGGAUCUACGCAUGGAAGUGUGUCAGAGGAGCCAGAGGACAGCAGGCCGAGGAGACGAUGGGACAGGGAUCCUCCUGAGAGGCUUCUGAGUCUGUUGGAGAAGGCCCGGCUGAACAGAGCCUUCAGCACCUUUAUAAUACACACAGGAGACGAGGACCCUCUGGUGGGACCCCUCUCCCAGCCGCAGGGUGAUGACACUGACGGCCCUGAGCCUGAAGUGACCGUAGAUGAGGAGCGUAUGCAGCCUCGCUCUGAUGAUGAGGACACAGACUUUGAGGAAGAAUCUCCAAGUGACUGGAUGGAUGAAGUUGAGAAAAUGUUAUCGGACCACUAAAGCCUCAUUUCCUCUGAGCCUUAAUCACAAGGUGGUCGCUGAUGUUUACAUUUACUAAAGACAAUAAUUGUUUGCCAAAAUGUUUUCACUUUAUGUGAAGACAACCAGGUCUUGAUCUUAUAAAUGAGUACAAUUUUUUGUACCAGGUUAUAUUCAAGUUUACAGAACACAGAUAAGCUCAGACAGUAACAGUAUUUUUGUGACUUUGAUCACAUAACUUCAACAAAACACUAACAUCUGAAUUAAAUGUUGUUCAACUUGUUGCCAUAAAAGCUUUUUUACACAAGGAUGUUUGAGAUGUGUGUGUGUGUUCUGUCUCUCAUUUGAUUUGAACAUCUGCUGUGUACUGUUCACGUUACCACUGAUAACAUUCCCAGUAGUCUGAGGCCGUCUGGAAGCUUCUGUUUGGCUUGUCGGGAAAGCAGGAAAUAUUAGACUCAGAGCAGCUGGGUCUCCAUGGGGUCACGCCAUUUUGAGCCCGCCCGCACCUUUUGAUGUCAGUUUCCUCUGCAAUAUCAAAAGUAGACUAAACAUAUUCAGUCAUCGGUGUUCUUUGUCUUUUAUUCUCACAGCAAGGCACAAACAGCCCAUACAUCUGGAUCCUUGAGCUGUCGUGUUAUUUUUAAUUUGCUGCAACCACAAUGGGGCAGACACAGGGAGAUGACUACUGGUGCUUUUCGACAGUAAGUGUUAAUCAUGGACCACUAGGUGGAGUUAAAAUCACUGAUGUGAACCCUCUGUGGUGGGAAGGAGUGAGAGAAGUCACUGGCUUAGAUAUAAUUACACCUUUGUUUAAAUCCUUUUGGUAUAAAGAAUCAGAUGUUUUUAAUGGACUACGUCUUAACUAUUAGCACCCUGAAGAGCAUAAAUAUAUUUAAUAUGAGGGAACAAGUGGAGCCUGUUACUCUUUUUGUUUUGCCAAAUUACAAGCUCUGCAACAUGGAGUAAAAACAGACAACAGCUUAACCACAUGCUUGGCAGCAGUCAAACAAAAACCAAGCCUCACCCAUGACAGUUUGGGCUCAACAGGAUAUAGAUACUACAGACCAUUGAGUCAACAAAACCAUAAUGGUGCUGAUUCACCAACAGUCACACCAGGGAUGGAUUAUCCUGCUGCCAAAGUUACUCCAGUGGCUGGAGCCUCCCAUUGGCUGACAGGAGCUAUAUGAGAGCCUUUUUUCCAGAUAUCUGCCCACGAUGUGUUUCACUGAGGAAGCCCGGGGCUGCAGCUCGCCCCUUAUCUUGAAGUCACACUGAAUCCCCCUCCAGGGCUCAUACUCCAGCCCCCCUGGUUUUUUGUCCUAUAUACUGUAUUUCCCCUCUGUACCUCCAAAGAUGUCCAUGUGUAGCAAGGAUACAGAUAAAGUGCUGGAGCAUAGCUGAGCUACAACACCACCAUGCUGUGUGUCCUGCAGAUAGGAGGGUCUCCCAUCUGUGUCUACGAUGAGCUAGGAAGCAUGUACACAGCUCAAAGUGAGGAGUCUGGGAUGCUUAAAUGGUACAAUGAUACAAGGAGGACUGUGUUAUUUAUUGAACCUCAGUACUUUUUGUUUUAACUAAAAUCUGGAUAUAACUUUGAGUAUAAAAGGUGUGCAUUUGCAUUCGCUUCCCCUAAAGAGGGACUCAAUGUUGUUUCUUAAACUGGAAAAAAAAAUCACAUUUGCCCUUUGCAGAUCAGCCCAGAAAUUUUACUGAACCUUGCAACCUCUCUUAUCCAUGCCCAAGUGGGCACAGGCCCAUGGGGCCCAAAAGUUUCAGGGGCCCAUCUGGCCUUCACCUGCAAAAUGUUGCUCUAAUUAACACAUAUUGACCCCAAAGAGACACAAAAACACCACAAAGAGAUGUAAAGGAACAGCAGAGAAACAACUUAACUACAGUGAGACAAAGCAACCAAAAGAGACACAAAAUUACCUCAAAAAUGGCAACAAAAAGAUGCAAAACAGCAACAACAAAAGUGGUUGGGCCUUUUGCAUAUUUGUGCCCAGGGGCCCAUUGUCUCAUGAUCCACCCAUGCUCUUAUUUUAUUUGGCCUGGCAAACAGUACUUCCACUAUGAUUAAGACCACUUGUAUUUUUUUGUAUUAAGGUGCUUUGUAUUGGAUGUCCCUGAGCUUGGUGCUGACUAAAUGCAUCUUUUUUGGAGCACUGAAUAUUUGAUGUUAUGUUCUCUAAGCAUUUUUGGGGGGUAUUUUGUAUUUAUCUUGUGUUUAUCUUGUGUUUUAUCUUUUGCACCAUCAGUGGGUAACGGUUAGGUCGGAGGUGACUGAAGGGGAAAAAAAAACAAAAUAUGAAUGGCCAGUCAUUUCCCUUAGCAUUGUAUCUGUAUGUUUUUGUACACCUAAUGUUCUUCCAAUAAAAUAUUACUGAAAGUGUUA